AGAUCGGGCUGUGCCAAGGGCUAUUAUAUACUUCAAGUACAUGAUAUAAGUACUCCCCCCUCCAUUCUCCACGUCCAGCAUGGCAACUGCUCCCGAACCUAGGGAGGAAACCUGGGACCCAUCUACUCUUUUUGCAUGUGAUGCACUCCCAAAUCACCUGGAUGACUCUGACUCGGUCACAUCUGACCUGAAGUCUGCGACCAAUUUCUACGACCGCAGUCUGACAAGUCGUAGGUAUGCCCUCGCUGGUGUGGCAUGCUCAAGUAUCGUCAGCUGUUGUUGCAUCGUUGCAGGCGCUGUCAUUGCGGCAGCUCCUGCCAGUGGAGGUGCGGUCACUUUGAUCUCAGCAGGACCGAGCGGGAUUGCACUGCGGAAAGAGAUGGUGGUCAUUUCACUGAACUUGAUCGUCACAUUAUGCACCGAGGCCACAGGUUUCGUACACAACAUCUCAUUGCGCUCUGUAUUGGCUUCAGAGUCUCGGCUUAAUUUCAACUCUAAUCUGCGCCUUCUGACCGCAGCUCAUGGAUGGAGCAACCCCAAUGGUGCCCUGCUCAAUGGUAUCAUGGUUGUCCUCCUCGUCAUAUCCUAUAGCUCAGCUUCACUAGUCGCAUUACCUUCCUACUCCAUCCUUUAUGAUGUACUUUCCGGCGAAGCCGUGAACACCGUGACCGCGACUCGUGUUGAUAUCAUAGGGACACCUCUUCUGAUUCUGGGAGUCGCACUUCUUCUCCAGGUGGUGAUCACAUUGACAGGGAUGCGAGCUAUCAAGAUAUUAACGUGGAGUUCCUCGCCUUUCGAUUUGACCGCUGCCCUGAUCCACCACGCGCAAUUGACCCCAGUUCUUUUCCGGUGCAUGCGUGGCGUGUCCGACUUGGAUGUGGAUGGAGGUCCAGCGAGGCCAUCAGAUACACAGCCCUCUGCAUGGCAUGCACACCCUAGCAUCCGGAAAGUUAUCAUCUCCCUUUGGUGCCUUGUCGUAGCAUGUGCUGGAUGGGGUGUCCUCAUCCUGUACAUCCACGAUGCGUAUGAAGGCUAUACCGGUCAGAUAACCUGGAAAUCGUGGUCGUUCUUCCCCGACGAUACGAAUUUCUUAUACAGCCUUAGGUACCAGUUAGCAGGGGCGGGGGGGGGACUCGUUGAAUUUGAAUUUUGGAUUCUGACUUAUGUCAACCUGGCUGUAAUCCAGGGACCAUUGACACUUUGUCUGCACUGCUCUGAGCUCAUCGCAAAUGUCAUUCGAGACGAAGGGCAUUGGAGAUGCGCUACUGGACAAGGGAUUACAUUGGUGAACCCACUGAAGUCGGUUUUCGCCAAUCCGCUCUGUCUUGCACUUUUUGUCGCGAAGCCUAUCCUGCACUGGAUAUUCGGGCUUUGUUUUGUGCUCCUCGCCAACUUGGACGUCUAUUCAUCAUUUGGAGUGGAUAUCACAAUAUAUAUGUACCCAAUGCAGAUCUUGAACUUAUGGAUAGUGCUGUUUGUAUUCGCUUGUUUCUUCACCUUCGUGGCACGGCGGCAACGGCGCGGGCCCCAGCCAGCUGCAUACGGUCACCUUCAGACACUGGCCAACCUCGUGGAUGAGUGGACGCCUGUGAUGUGGUGGGGCCACAAGGAAGAUGGAAUCCCGUAUUGUCAUGCCGGUAGGGUACUUGUGUGGUCAUGAAAUAGGGACGAGUGAUCAGCCGCUGCCGGCUGUGAAGAUGGACUGUGUUUAUGCUGGCACCAAUGCCGGGUCCCAUCCUUCCGUCUCGUAUUUGCGAUGCUUACGAUGUUUGCAGUGUUGGAGAUGGAUCAGGAUGUUGUCAUCCGGACCUACUUCUUCGCGCACCACAUUCAAAAGAAUUCUGCUUUCAGCGAAUGCACGAUUGGGACACAUUAGUGAUAUUGGAUAUGAUUUACAAGGCUAUGUAUGCUUGGAUUGUACUGUGUCAGUAGUACUAACUCACAGCGAAUCGUAUUGA